AUGACCUCAAUAAACAACGCCAUCCACUCAAUCAAAUCCCCGCUUUUAAAAUCAUUCCUUCUCUCUGAAUCUAAUUUCUGGUUUGUGGCACAGAAAUCCCAGCAUCUCCUGCCGCCAUCAACGACCCUCGAACAAGCGCAAUCUGAUCCUCGCGCUUUGAGACCUUCGCCGUUUCAAUUCAGAAAGUCCAAGCUCACCGGUAAAUGGCAGCCCCCGCGUUACUCGAGGAGACAGCAGGCUGACCUCAUCAAGGCUGCCAGAGCUGAAGGCGUGAUGCACCUACUUCCAACUUCAGUCAAGGACGCUGUCACCGAUGCUGUUUCCGUUGAGAAACCCUUUAAUUGGCAGGAGAAGGCCAUGUUUGAUGUCCUCCCAAGGGCUCCUAGAGCCGUUGCAGAGAAGAAGUUUAAGGGUAGUCUCUGGCACAGGAAGCAGCCAGCCAGACAAGCAGCAAUCCAUGAAAAUCUACAGAACAUGUCCCAAAAGAUCGAUUUCUGGAACAAGGAAAAGGAACAGCGCAAACAGAAACACACUCCGCCACUACCUUUCUAG